GCACUCGUGCGAUAGAACCCGAAAGAAACCGAACAAACAUGACAGAAGAAAACGAUGAUAUAUUUCAUACAAUCACAAUGUCUGAAGAGAUUAGCCAGGCCGAGGGGUAUAAGGAGGGUGUGGAGGUCGGUUCCCGGCAGGGAGAACUAGAGGGGAACCGACUGGGCUGGGAGAAAGGGGCUGCCAUUGGGUCAGAGGUUGGAUUUUAUGCUGGGUUUGCUCAGUCACUGUUGGAAGAAAUGAAGAAAGGAGAGGAUUCUAAACCAAGGGUUAUAUCAGCUCUAGAGAAGAUGUUGACAGUAUCCAAGGAGUUUCCCCUCACUGACCCACAGAAUCCCGACCUUCAGGUUCAACUUGAAGCUGUACGAACCAAAUUCAAGCAGGUCUGUUCAUUGUUGGGUAUGAAACCAGAGGUGCCGAGGGUCCCAGAGGUGAGGGGGGUGUCUUUUUGAGGUGAGGCAACUCCAUGAGUUGUAGUGGGUUGCUGAGACACAGACCCGUGAACCAAGGGAAGGUUUGACAGAAUGGGAGGUCUUAGGCAUAGGAUUCACCACAAGAUUAUUGUACCAAAAUUGGUGUCCUGCAAGUACCAAGCACAGCUAUAAACAGCUGUUAAUCUAACAAUGGGAAAACAGCCCCCUCUGUUCCAGAAGUUUACCGGUGUUUGCACCUUGUGGAACAAUCAAACAUUACUGUAUAAGACAUUAAUAUUUCCCAUCACAGAAAAACACAGGCAAGGAAUACCAAGAUUACAAGUGAUGACAGGAAACUACUUUGUUCACAGGCAGAAGGAUCAUAACUGUAAAAAACAUUGUGUUUGUCUUAAGUGUUCUUCAUGUACAAAGAAUGUUUUUCAACACAUCAUUUUAUCUUAGAGAAAUAAACCACACCUACACUUUUAAA